AUGGGCAACAUCAACUUCAACUACAUCUCAGCCAACAACUUCAACGACUUCAACAACUUCAUCUUUGAUCUCUAUCGCAUCUUCUACAUCGACAUUAUCAACCACCGCUGUGUUCUCCGCCACGACUUCUUCAGCGUCCGAACAAACAACCGAACAGACAAAAUCAAACUCAGUAACAACCGAGCCUGGCUCCUACUCAGGUGGCACCUCAACAAAGACGAAAAUUGCAAUCGCAGUCCCGAUAUCGAUACAUUGAUAAUAUUCCUCACACGACGCCGCCGUCGUGCAAAAGAACGCCACAACAUGCCAACCCCUUACGACAUGGCAACAAGUCAAACAACAGCCGUCUCAACCCAAGAGCUAGUGGUCUCGCCCAUACAUGCAGCGCUAUCCCCGGGGCCACAAACAACAACAGCAGCAGUCCCUCUAUCAAGGACGCCAGUGCUCAAUGUUCCGCCUUCUAUAGAUGGACAAAGUCGUGAUCCAAGUCCUAGUCCCAGCUCUACGCGCCGUAUGCCGGUAUCUCAGGGCCCAGGACCAAAUGACUCUAGUACGGAGAUUGGGCUUGCCGUUGCUGUUUCAUUGGACCACAGGAGGAGUGCUACAGAGCAGGAACUAAGGUCGCCGUCACGGGGAACGGUGCGGUUGGCAAGAAUGCCAUUCGAUAAUUCUUAUGACCCGGAAGACGACGCUGUCUCUGAAGCCUCAGAUUCGGAUGGGAGGAGGCGGGAUAGAGAAUUUGAUGAGAUUUCAGAUGUCUCGUCCUUUAGUGCAUUUUCACCGACCUGGGAUGGGGGAAGGAGACAGUAUCGAUGA